UCCGCCGCCGCCGCCGCCGCACCAUGGCCGAGCCGGAGCCGCCGGGCGUCGUUCAGUGCCGCCUGCAGUACCUGGAGGACGGGGACCCCUUCUGCUGCGCCUCCUUCCCCGAGCCGCGCCGCCCGCCCAGCUCGCCCGUGGCCGAGGCGUUGCCGCUGGCCGCCCAAGUGCCCGCCUUCCUCCGCCUGCUGGGCGCGCCGCUGCGGCUGGAGGACUGCGCCUUGCAAGUGCUGCCUUCCGGAUACUACUUGGACCUGGAGCUUUCACUGCUGGAGCAGAAGGACGACCUGGAAGCCUUCUAUGAAGACAUCAGCAAAGGGAGGCGGCCAAUCCUGCUCCUGCGCACGCAGCUCUCAGUCCGAGUGCAUGCCAUCAUCGAGAAGCUGUACUGUUCCAAGGGCCCGGAGCUGAGGCGUUCCCUCUUCUCCCUCAAGCAGCUUUUCCAGGAGGACAAGGACCUGGUGCCGGAGUUUGUGAACUCCGAAGGGCUGACGUGCCUCGUCUCGGUGGGAGCCGAAGCCGACCAGAACUACCAGAACUACAUCUUGCGGGCUCUCAGCCAGAUCAUGCUGUUCGUGGACGGGAUGAUGGGGGUGAUCCAGCACCCAGAGACCCUGCAGUGGCUCUACGCCCUGACGGGCAGCCUGUACCGCCUCGUGGUGAAGACGGCCCUGAAGCUGCUCCUGGUCUUUGUGGAGUUCACCGAGUCCAAUGCCCAGCUGCUGAUCCAGGCUGUGGGUGCUGUAGAGCAGGUCAGAGGUGGGCUUCCGUGGUCUCGCCUUGUGGCCAUCCUGGAGCAGAAGAGCGGGGCUGACACGGAGCUCCAGGUGUUUGCAAUGACACUCAUCAACAAGACCUUGGCUGCCCUCCCUGACCAGGACUCCUUCUACGACGUGACAGAUUGUCUGGAGCAGCAGGGCAUGGAGCGACUCGUCCAGGCCCACCUGGCCAGCAAGGGCACCGACGCAGACCUGAGGCAGCAACUUGCCCUCUACGAGAAUGCCCUGAAGGAGGAGGACGGGGCAGAAGAGCCUCUGCUGGGCCCCCGGGCCAAGGAGCGGCGCAGAGGGGACGAGGGCCGGCAGGGCGCCCGGCGCUCCUUGGCCCAGGAGGAGGACCGAGGUGCCCUUCCCAGCCCUCCGCAGAUGCCGGGCCUGGAGGAGGAGAGCCGUGAGCAGCCGCCCAGCUCGACGGGCUCGUACAGCAGCACCUCCUGCAUGCAGCUCUCUGCGCCGCUGGGCCCUGGGGAAGGAGAGCAGCUGGCUGGCCUGGGCGAGAGGAGCGUUUUCAAAGCCCGUUUUUUAGAAAACCUGGCUGCCUCCCAGAAAGAGAAGAUCAGUGCCAUCAGCCGUGGACGAGCAGAGAUUCUGGCUGAAGCUGCUUCGAACACUGAGCCAGCGGCCCCAGGGAGGUGGAGUGAAGGAGAAAAUGGAAACCUUAACUGGGAAGAGCCCAGCUCAGAGCCUGGCUUGGAUCACCAGGAGAGCAAGGAGGACGUGUCCCCCAAGGAGGCCUCUUUAAGCCAUCCCUUUGACACCUCCCGCGUCUUGGGCCCGGACCCAGAAUGUGCCCCGGGUGGCAUGAGGGGGGCUCUCGAGAGCAGCAGUGCUUCUGCGAAGAGAAAACUGAUGCUCGACAUGCUGUUCGCUAAUAAGAGCCCGCCAGGCAUGGAGAGGACGCUGCUCACAGACCAAGGCAUGGAAGAGACGGGGAAGAUGGUGCGCCAGGAAGAGGAGAGCCAGGAGAGGACGGGCCAGCGGACCAGAUUGCAAAGCCAGUUCAGUGUUGAAGCCGAAACCAGCCUGAAGAGGCUGGACAGGGCCCAGAUAAUGGGAGGUCCACUGGGGCUUGGCUCUCAAGCUCUGAAGAUCCAGGAUCUGGACUUCUCAGACCUGUGUGAGGAGGAAGAUUUGGAUGUACAAGAAGCAAAGGUGGCCAAGACGAGCUUGCCCCCCAUGGCUUUGGGAGCAGGUGAAGACCUGGCCCCUCCUCUGAUUCCUGGUUGUGCUCCACCUCCUCCAGCUCCUCCUCCUCCUCCACCUGGCAUACCUGGUCCGCCUCCUCCCCCUCCACUCAGCAGCCCCCUUCUUGGGGGAGAAGCCAGCUCCCCUGCCAAGAAAAAGAAGACGGUCAAGCUCUUCUGGAGGGAGCUGAAGGACAUAGAUGGCCCUGCCCGGGAAAGUCGCUUUGGGCAGGCUACUCUGUGGGCAUCCCUGGAGAAGGUCACAGUUGACUCUGCUAAGCUGGAACAUCUCUUUGAGUCCAGGGCAAAGGAGGCUCCGAGUUCCAAGAAAGCUGUGGAUGGAAGGAAGCUGAUUGUAGUCCUGGAUCCCAAGAGGAGCAAUGCCAUCAACAUUGGCUUGACGGUGCUGCCUCCCAUCCAUGUCAUCAAGACGGCCAUUCUCAGCUUUGAUGAGUUUGCCAUCAAUAAGGAAGGGAUUGAGAAAAUAUUGACCAUGGUUCCCACAGAGGAGGAGAAGCAGAAGAUCCAGGAGGCCCAACUGGCCAACCCGAAUCUCCCUUUGGGGUCAGCCGAGCAAUUCCUGCUCACGCUCUCCUCCAUCGCAGAACUCCCGGCUCGCCUCCAGUUGUGGACUUUCAGGCUAGACUACGAAGCCCUGGAGAAGGAAAUUGUAGAGCCUCUGUUCGACCUGAAGCUGGGCAUGGAGCAACUAGUCAAUAACCAGACCUUCAGGUGUAUUCUGGCCACCCUUCUAGCCAUGGGCAACCUCCUGAAUGGCUCCCAGAGCCGAGGGUUUGAGCUCAGCUACCUGGCCAAAGUGUCGGAGGUGAAAGACACCGUCCACCGGCAGAGCCUCCUGCACCAUCUGUGCCACUUCGUGGUGGUGGAGUUCCCAGCCACCACAGACCUCUACUCGGAGAUCGCGGCCCUCACUCGCUGUGCCAAGGUGGAUUUUGAGGAGCUGGCAGAAAGCCUCCUGCAGCUGGAGCAGCGGUGCAAAGCCUCCUGGGAGCACCUGAAGGCCAUCGCAAAACACGAUUGCAAGCCGGCACUCAAGAGCAAGCUGCUGGGUUUUCUGCAGGCCAGCACAGAGAAGAUCGGUCUCCUUAAGAUCGUCCACCGGCGGGUGUUGAACAGGUUCCGCUCCUUUCUCCUGUUCCUGGGUUACGACACACACUUGGCGCAGAACAUGAGAGUGACCAGCUUCUGCCGGCUCCUGCGGGAGUUUGCCCUGGAGUACCACACGUGCCGAGAGCGUGUCCUGCAGCAGCAGAAGAAGCGGGCAGCCUGCCGGGAGAGGAACAAGACACGAGGCAGGAUGAUCACUGAGAUGGAGAAGUUUGCUGCGGCCAGCAAGAUCGAAGACGGCUCUCCUCCUCCUGCAGUGCUAUCCGCCAGUCCAGAGCAAAAGGAUGAAGCCAGCCACAAGGACAUGGCCAGUUUGCUUGUCUCCCCAGCAGAGGAGGCACCGCUCCCCGGGCACCGCUCUCGCGCCAGCAGAGGUGCUGGGAAGCCGAGUCCUGCCGGAGGGUCCACCCCCCAGGAGGAAGCUGCUGGCUCUCCCGAGGAUGCUUCGGAGGAGAUCAUGAACCGCCUGGUCAAGUCCGUGACCCAGAGAUCUCCUGCACGCUCAGGCCCCGCGAAGGAGCGCCGGCGGUCACGCGGGAACAGGAAGUCCUUGAGGCGGACCCUGAAGAGCGGCCUUAGCGAGGAGCUGGUGCAGGCCCUGGGCCUGGCCCAGUCAGCCAGCGUGGCCGUGUGAGGAGCCCCCGGAGGCCGUGCCGGAGACUGGAAGAGGCAGGAGGGAGGGGGGCUUGGGGAGCCUUUUCCCUUCAAGAG